AUCCAUGCAUGCCGCUCCAAACAAACCACUGGCUUUAACGUGCUGGAUACCUCGGUGGAGGCUGCAGGCGUUUUAGGCUUGAAAUACUCUAAUGGUGCACAAAAGGCGGUUUUUUUUUUUUUAACGUGCGUGCGUGUUGCUUCACUUUCAGUACGAGGGAGAAGGAAGGAAGGAGAGAGAGAGAGGAAAGGCGGAGGGAGCGAACGUGAGUGAAAGUGUUGUCAGCCAUUUUUCUCAUCUUCUUUUUCCCGUUUUUCUGCUUUCUUCUCGGCACGCUGCUGCUGCUCCCCGACCGGAGAUGUGACAGUGAGAAAAAAAAAGAAAAAGCGUCUCGCUUGGAAAAUACGGAUCCGUUAUGCUUGCUCUCCACUAUCCACCUUCCCCUGCGUGGUUUUUAUGAUCCAGCUGGAAUAAAAGCAGGAGGUGUCGUUUCUUUGGAGAGUCCGACCAGGCCAAGAACGGGGGAUACUCCCAAAACUAUCCGGCGGAGACUGUGCAGCUAAGGGAGGGAAGAGGGGGGGGGAGGGGGGGCUUUUGAAGAUGAGGGUAAAGCAGGUCCGGGAUGUUAGCUGCUAGCCCGGUGAACAUUUUAUCAUUAUGAAACCAUUAGCAGCAUCAGACAGCAAUGGAGUCCCGAGCCAGCAAGAUAAAACCCCGCUCCCUGCAGACUUCAGCAGACUGCACCUGGCCGACGGCUUACACCCACAGGUGACCCACGUCUCCUCCAGCCACUCAGGAUGUAGUAUCACCAGUGACUCUGGAAGCAGCAGCCUGUCAGACAUUUACCAGGCCACAGAGAACGAGCCGGGCGACAUGGACCUGAGCGGCCUGCCGGAGACCGCGGUGGACUCCGAGGAGGACGAUGACGAGGAGGACAUCGAGCGAGCCUCCGACCCCCUCAUGAGCCGGGACAUCGUUCGUGACUGCCUGGAGAAGGAUCCCAUGGACAGGACGGACGAUGACAUAGAGCAAUUACUGGAGUUCAUGCAUCAGCUGCCAGCGUUUGCCAACAUGACCAUGUCGGUGAGGAGGGAACUCUGCGCCGUCAUGGUCUUCGCCGUGGUGGAGCGAGCCGGCACCAUCGUUCUCAACGAUGGAGAGGAGCUGGACUCUUGGUCGGUGAUCCUAAACGGCUCCGUGGAGGUGACCCACCCUGACGGCCGGACGGAGAUGCUGUGCAUGGGCAACAGCUUUGGCGUGUCUCCCACCAUGGAGAAGGAGUUUAUGAAAGGCGUCAUGAGGACCAAGGUGGACGACUGCCAGUUCGUGUGCAUAGCCCAGCAGGAGUACUGCUGCAUCCUCAACCAGGUAGAGAAGAACAUGCAGAAGGUUGAGGAGGAAGGAGAGAUCGUUAUGGUGAAGGAACACCGAGAGUUGGACCGUACCGGCACCAGGAAAGGACACAUUGUCAUCAAGGGUACACCUGAGCGCCUCACCAUGCAUCUGGUGGAGGAGCACUCCGUAGUGGAUCCCACCUACAUCGAGGACUUCCUGCUGACCUACCGGACCUUCCUCUCCAGCCCCAUGGUCGUGGGAAAGAAGCUCCUGGAGUGGUUUCACGACCCAAGUCUCAGGGACAAGGUUACACGGGUAGUCUUGCUGUGGGUAAACAAUCACUUCAAUGACUUCGAGGGAGACCCCGCCAUGACUCACUUUUUGGAGGAGUUUGAGAGCAAUCUGGAGAAAGAAAAAAUGUGCGGGCACCUGAGACUGUUAAACAUAGCGUGCGCUGCUAAAGCCAAGCCUCGGCUGGUGACGCUCACCAAGCCGUCCAGAGACUCUCCUCUGGCCUUCAGCCUCCUGGGAGGUCAGGAGAAAGGUUUCUGCAUCUUCAUUGAUGCCGUGGAGCCAGGGAGCAAGGCAGCCGAGGCCGGACUCAAGCGUGGAGAUCAGAUCUUGGAGGUAAAUGGGCAGAAUUUUGAGACUGUCCAGUUCAGCAAAGCCAACGAGAUUUUAAAGAACAACACUCACUUAUCCAUAACUGUGAAAACAAACCUUUUAGUGUUCAAGGAGCUGCUAACACGGCCAGAACACGACCACGACCUGGACGGGGAUGAGGAGCAUGACAGGAAGAACGGGGCUCCUCACCUACCAAAGAUCGGGGACAUCAAGAAGGCCAGCCGUUACUCCAUACCGGACCUGGCGGUGGACGUGGAGCAGGUCAUGGGCCUGGAGAAAGCCAGCAAAAAGGCCAAGAGCAACUCAGUCGGAGGGCGCAACAAGCUGAAGAAGAUCUUCGACAAGACGCUCACCAGCAUCCUCCCCCCCAAACCGUACAACGACGUUUGUGUGGGCCAAUCACAGGACGACAGCAUAGUGGGCAUGAAGCCGUCCAAACAGAUCCCACCAGCCCUGCCGGUCAGUGGAAACCUGUCGUCGUCGAACCCAGACCUCCUGCAGUCACACCACCGCAUCCUCGACUUCAACAACCAGCCUGUACCAGUUAUCCCGAAUAUGUCAGACCAAGUGUUGCGAGUCUUCAAGGCGGACCAGCAGUCCCGAUAUAUCAUGAUCGGGAAGGACACGACGGCUAAAGAGGUGGUGGCCCAGGCUAUCAGGGAGUUUGCCCUGACUGCUGCGCCGGAGGCUUAUUCACUAUGUGAAGUGUCUGUCACCCCUGAGGGCGUCAUUAAACAGAGGCGGUUACCUGAUCAGCUCUCUAAGCUUGCUGACAGGAUUCAGCUGAGUGGCAGAUACUACCUGAAGAGCAACAUGGAGACGGAGACACUCUGCUCGGAUGAAGAUGCCCAGGACCUCCUGCGAGAAGGCCAGAUCUCUCUGUUGCAGCUCAGCACGGUGGAGGUGGCCACCCAGCUCUCCAUGAGAGCCUUCGAGCUCUUCUGUGCCAUCGAGCCCACCGAAUACAUCGACGACCUGUUCAAGCUGCGCUCCAAAACCGGCUCCGUCAGCCUCAAGCACUUCGAGGAGUCCAUCAACCAGGAGACCUUCUGGGUGGCGACGGAGGUGGUGCGGGAACCCAACCAGCUCAAGCGCAUGAAGAUCGUCAAGCACUUCAUCAAGAUCGCGCUUCACUGUCGCGAGUGCAAGAACUUCAACUCCAUGUUUGCCAUCAUAAGUGGCCUGAACUUGGCUCCCGUCUCCAGACUAAGGGGAACGUGGGAGAAAUUACCAAGCAAGUACGAGAAGCUGUUCGGCGACUUGCAGGAUCUGUUCGACCCCUCUAGAAAUAUGGCCAAGUACAGGAACGUUCUGAACAACCAGAACCUUCAGCCACCGAUCAUCCCCCUGUUUCCGGUGAUCAAGAAGGACCUCACCUUCCUACAUGAAGGCAAUGACUCCAAAGUGGACGGCCUGGUGAACUUUGAGAAGCUUAGGAUGAUUGCCAAAGAAAUCCGUCACGUGGGCCGCAUGGCCUCCGUCAACAUGGACCCGGCGCUGAUGUUCCGGACCAGGAAGAAGAAAUGGAGAAGUUUAGGGUCUUUGAGCCAGGGCAGCGCCAACGCAGCCGUGCUCGACGUCAGCCAGACGGGUGGCCACAAGAAGCGGGUGCGACGCAGCUCCUUCCUGAACGCCAAAAAGCUCUACGAGGACGCGCAGAUGGCCCGGAAGGUCAAACAGUACCUGUCCAACCUGAGUCUGGAAACGAACGAGGAGAGCCUCCAGACGUUCUCCCUGCAGUGUGAACCCUCCAUCAGCACAUUACCUAAGAAUGCUGGUGGGAAGCGACCAGACACGUCUCCGGUUGUAUCCAGAGCAGCCAGUCAGCAGCGGGGCCAGCUGGCCAAGGGGGGCCAGGCCCUGCAGGUUCCCACCGUGGCCCUCUACCCGUCCCGGAAGAGAGUGCCGGUCAAGGAUCUGCCACCUUUUGGCACCAGUUCGCCUCAGUCUCUGAAGAAGAUCCUGUCCCUGUCUGAGGAGGCGACCGAAAGACACCGCAGGCAGCCAGAGGACACCAUGUCCAACGCCUCCUCCCAGCUCUCCUCUCCUCCCACCUCCCCUCAGAGCUCGCCCAAGAAGGGUUACGGCAGGACGGGCGACGCCUACUCGGACUCCGGCCACAGCGAGAUCUCGUCUCGCUCCAGCCUCGUCAGUAACUCCUCGUUCGACAUGGCGCAGGAGGAGAGGAGACUCCGCCACUCCGGAGGGGUCGGAGAAUCCCACGUGGGGGGGCCUCGGCUGGAGAGAAGAGCCACGACCGACCCUGACCAGUACAGCCUGGGGUCGUAUUCCUCCAUGCAGGACUGUCGGGGCAUCUAUGCCAGCGGCUCCACAGUGCUCUCCUCGCCCAGCUCCGAGGAGCUGACUCAGGAUCAGGGAGAUCGCGUGUCCCUGGACGCUGCCGACAGCGGCCGCGGCUCCUGGACUUCCUGUUCCUCUGGUUCCCACGACAACAUCCAGAACAUGCAGCAGGGCCGCAGCUGGGAGCUCGGCAUCGGGGGGCUGUCUUCGGCGUCGGAGGCCUUAUUGGGGGGCCCCGCGGCGCUGUGGGCGGCGCAGGCCCGGGGCAGCUGGGCGUCGGCCAGCUCCUCCUCCUCCUCAGCCGCGUACUGGGGGGAGGAAUCGGAGGGAGACACGGGAACGAUCAAGAGGAGAGGAGGAAAGGACGUCAACGCCGACCCAGAGACGAGCAGCAUCACGUCCACCGGGUCGGAGGAGGCCAAGCAGCUCGGCCGGCCGUCUCCGUCACCCAUCACAGCUGGGGGUAAAGGCUUUAUUUCUCGAAAGGAGGGCCGCUACCGUGAGCCUCCCCCGACUCCCCCCGGCUACACCGCGCUGACCAUUUCUGACCUGGCCGAGGGACAGCACCCGCCGCCGGCCGCCCCCACGCCGCCGGCGAGCCACUCGAGCCGCCGGCCGCCCGACUACACCACGGCUCUGCAGCGCUCCCGGAUGGUCACGCAGUCGCCCGACUCUCACCAGGCCCACCAGGCCUCCAAGCAUCGGGGGGGCAGCCUCCACCGCACCCGCUCCCCUGCAGACGAGCAAGAGCCCGAGGAGGAAGAGGAGGGUGAGUCCUUGCCUCCAAAACUAGUCGCUGUGAGGAAGCCGCUGGCACAGACUCCCAGACCGUGAGCGCCUGUGGGACGGACAGGCAGAGGAUGAGCAAGUGUCGGCGGUCUGAGGCCCCACAGUGGACGUGGUUUGGUGAGCCCCGCCCCGGCGGUUUGGGCCGGGCCGGAUUAAAGAGACACACCUACGGACUUGUCCACGGUUGCCUGCCUGCCUGCCUGCCUCCUCCAGUCGGUGGAUUCCUGGUUCCUCGUCUCCCUCCCCUGCCUUAAAGCAUCAUGGGGGGUUUGAUGACCCUGCAUGCAAAAAAAAAAAAAAUUAAUUUACUGUGAAGAAGAGACGGAGAGAAAGGUCAAAGACAAUGACGAAACGCCUGGCACUUUGGACAAAUAAAAUACAUUUUUAAGAACGGACUACCGAAGCAUAAACUGAAAGACAAAAACCCCAAACCCACCGCUGACGCAGCAGAACCGUGACGUGUCGAGUUCCAGCCGCACUUUCUCGUUUUCUUCCUUCGAAGCGGAGAACCCGAACAAUUAAGAACAAAACAAGACUAUUGUUAAAGACGGAGAGAAACGGCGGUUGACUUCUUCAUCUUCAACUUCCCUCUAGAUUUCUUCCCGUUUCUGUUUAUUAUUGUUAUUAUUUUCUUCAGUUUUCUUCGAAUGAUUGCACUCAACGACACGUCUCCGCCUGGACUGAAACAGCCCGUCUGUUGUUUAGUGUUUGAACUUUAAAUCCAGUAUUAUCUCAUGUUCACGCGUGAACUUUUUUUUUUUUUUUUUUUUUUAAUCACUUGUUAGUUUAAAUUUAAAAACAGAAAAAAAAGCUAGGAGGAGAGCUCAGUGUGAAGAACCAUCAUGCAGUAUACUGACACGCACACAUUUUUAUCUGCCAGUACAAAGAGAAAUCUACUCUAGGUCUAAUCCUUGCACUUUGAGCACAAUCCUAGAUGUUUGGCUGUCUGAAUACCAGGGUAUGAGCCAACCGUUAUGCCGGAGCUCGCCUCCUCUCUGAUCCAGCAGAACGCUUUAGGCUUCGGGGGAUGAGGGGGGGAAAAAAAGCACACUCGCUGAAAAUCAUGUACGAUUCUGUCAUCGUCUCCCGCGAGCUAAAGCUACGGCAGGAGUUUCCGGCUCGUUUCUGAGCAUCUUUUAGUCUCUGUGAUGAGAGAUCGCAGGAGAUCGAGGGGGUGGAGCACGUUUCAGGAGGUAAGGUGUAAAUCUGAGCUCCAUUCGACCAUAUUUAUUUCCUACGGACACGAAAGCAUCCACUGAAUUCAGAUCUGGCCGUUUUCCAACCUGAACAAGCAUCCCGUGAACGUCCAAGCGCCUUAAAGAUGCCACGGUUGCAAUCAUGUCUUUACACGGUCAUUCGCAAUGCAGAUCAAGCUGUUCUGGAAUGAAAUGCCUUAUUUAUGACGUUUUCCCAGGCUCAUUAAAAAUAAAAAAAGAUUACCACCAGACUGAAACAGUUGAAGCUUAGAAGUUAGUUGUUUUUUUUCCUGUGUUUUGGUUUUUAUUCUGGUUGGUUUGUGGCUUCGGCCCUCUGUGUGCUACCAGGUGGUAGAUGAUGUCUACACGCAGAUGCUCCAUGUUUCCAUCUCUGCUCUCGUGCGACUAGAUUCAUCCUCAGACCUACUUCCUGUCUGCUACAAACAUCUGAGGAUCAAAGUGUUUCUCUGGCCGUCAGUGGAAGUGAUUUUUCUUUGUUUUUUUCUGUCUUUGACUCCGGUGGAGAAGGUGACAAAUGAAGUAUAGUUAUCAUUUUUUUUUUGUUUUGUUUUUUUCUUUCAAAGCUGCCAAUCGCCACUCUUCAAAUAAUCUUAUUGUGAAAAGAAAAUGAACGUUUUGUUUCCUUCUAUCACAGCAUCCCACUGAUCACAUUGAUCAGCCCUGGAAGCUACAGACUGAGUAAAAACAUGAGUGACUGCAGUGUUUCUACACACUAAUAAUUUCCUGGGUUUCUUUUUUUUUUUUUUUUUUUUUUGUAACGGCUGCAGAUAGAUUGUUAAUAAUUUGUUUGUAAUACAGUUGUGACAUGCAUCAUUUUUGCUUUGAUUCAACUCUGAAGAUAAUGUGCAUAUUAGCGGGUCGAGUCGUAGUUUGAAAAACAUAAAGUUGCACAAAAAUGUCCAAGCAUAAAGAUGUGUAGUGGGUAGAACUGCUACUCCGUUCGGUGUGUGAUGUCAGUGAGGUGUGUACAUUUAGCUGGUGACGACCUUCUUUUCUUCAUUCUUUCUUGGACUACUUUAACCUGUAUGUCUUUUAAAAAGACAAUUGGUGGAGUACGUAUCAGUUGUUUUUGUAUUUUUAAUACAAUAAUUGUAAAUAUUGGUUAUAUUUUUGUUCAAAUGUAAAAUGUUUAUGCCUCAACAUCCAGUUUAUAUGAAGCUGGGAAUCAAUAAAUACUGCGUAAAGACCCAG